CAGAUAUUUUAUCAAAGGUUUCCUUUUUUUAUUCUUCAUUAAUCAUCAUUUUGUUUUGCAUUCAUUGCCAACCCUAAGCCUCAUCUUUGAUCUUAAUUUCACCCCCCCGGUUCGAUCGUUCUCGCCUUAAUCGCGAACCCCGGUUGUUCUCGAUCGAUUCUGGUGAGUUGUGGAACUCGGAAUCGAUGGUUGGUGUGCAGCGCAGAGUCGAGGGGAGGAGGCACAACGACUUGUCAUUUUUCGCUCUUUCAGAAAAAUAACAAUGUCUUUUCGUUCAAAUUCCUCACAUCAGUUAAAGCGGCGGUUUAAAUAUCACAGCAGUCAGUUUUUGAUUUGGGGUCUCAGAAAUCAAGGUCUAGUUUUAUAGUUUCAGCUGAUAAAUUAAUGAAGAUGGCGAUGCAACCUGUGAGUGCGCUUUUCUUGUUUCUGCCACUUCUAGCUUUUGGAAGUGGGGAUAUAUAUAUUGUGACUGUAGAAGGAGAGCCUGUAGUGAGUUACAAUGGUGGUGUUGAUGGAUUUUCAGCAACAGCUGUAGAUUUAGUGGAAAGGAUGGACAUAACCAGUGAGUCUGUUACCUCUUAUGCCCUUCACCUUGAGAAAAGGCAUGAUUCUCUUCUUGAUUCACUCUUUGAAGUUGGGACCUAUAAGAAGUUAUACAGCUAUCAUCAUCUUAUCAAUGGCUUUGCAAUUCACAUGUCUCCUGAACAGGCUGAAGUUCUCAGCAAGGCACCUGGGGUCAAAUAUGUGGAGAAAGACAUGAAAAUAAAGAAAUUAACCACACAUACUCCACAGUUUCUGGGACUACCAACAGAAGUUUGGCCAACAGGUGGUGGCUUUAACAGAGCAGGGGAAGACAUUGUGAUUGGUUUUGUGGAUUCAGGAAUUUAUCCAAAGCAUCCUAGCUUUUCUACACACAACACUGAGCCAUAUGGACCUCUUCCUCAUUACAGAGGAAAAUGCGAAGUUGAUUCAGAAACUAAGAGGGCAUUUUGCAAUGGUAAAAUAAUUGGAGCCCAGCAUUUUGCAAAAGCUGCAAUUGCUGCUGGUGCAUUUAACCCUUUAAUUGAUUUCUCAUCACCUCUGGAUGGCGACGGUCAUGGAAGUCAUACAGCUGCCAUAGCUGCUGGAAACAAUGGGAUUCCUGUUAGAAUGCAUGGACAUGAGUUUGGAAAAGCGAGUGGCAUGGCUCCACGUGCCAGGAUUGCUGUAUACAAGGUGCUCUAUAGGCUCUUUGGGGGAUAUGUUUCUGAUGUUGUUUCUGCCAUUGAGCAGGCUGUCCUUGAUGGUGUUGAUGUUCUUAAUCUUUCAGUAGGGCCAAACAGUCCGCCAACAACUACCAAAGCCACAUUUUUAAAUCCUUUUGAUGCUGCACUUCUUUCUGCUGUCAAAGCUGGAGUUUUCGUGGCACAGGCUGCUGGAAAUGGGGGUCCAUUCCCUAAAACCUUGGUGUCUUUCAGUCCAUGGAUUACAACCGUUGCUGCUGCUAUUGAUGAUCGUAGAUACAAGAAUCAUUUGACCCUGGGAAAUGGAAAAAAAUUACCGGGGCUCGGAUUGUCACAAAGUUACUUCCAUUUUCUAACUACAGCAGCUACACAUGGGAAUAAGUCAUUCAACCUGGUCUCUGCAAAUGAUGUGAUGCUAGAUUCAUCUUUGAUGACUUACAACCCAUUAGACUGCCAAAGGCCUGAGCUGUUGAAUAGGAAUAAGGUGGAGGGAAAUAUUCUACUGUGUGGAUUUUCUUUCAAUUUUAUUUCUGGCACUGCAUCAAUCAAAAAGGUGUCUGAAACAGCAAAAAGUCUUGGUGCAGCAGGCUUUAUUGUAGCAGUGGAGAACACCUAUCCAGGCACCAAAUUUGAUCCUGUCCCUGUUGAUACUCCUGGGAUCCUCAUUGCAGAUGUCAGCAAGACGAAGGAACUUAUUGACUAUUACAAUUGUUCAACUAAAAGAGAUUGGGCUGGUCGACCAAUAAGUUUCCAGGCAACAGCCAGCAUUGCUGAUGGUUUGGCACCAAUACUGCAUAAAUCAGCUCCUCAGGUGGCACUAUUCUCUUCACGAGGACCAGAUGUUAAGGAUUUCAGCUUUCAAGAUGCUGAUGUCCUUAAACCUGAUAUAUUAGCUCCAGGCAAUCUAAUUUGGGCUGCUUGGGCACCAAAUGGAACAGAUGAGGCUAAUUACAUAGGAGAAGGCUUUGCUAUGGUUUCUGGAACCAGUAUGGCUGCUCCACACAUUUCUGGAAUUGCAGCCCUCAUAAGGCAAAAGAAUCCUCAGUGGAGCCCAAGUGCUAUCAAGUCAGCCUUGAUGACAACAGCCAGUACUUUGGAUCGGCGUGACAGACCUAUUCUAGCACAGCAAUAUUCUGAAAAUGGGGUCAUGACAUUGGUGCAGGCUACACCAUUUGAUUAUGGCAGUGGUGCAGUUGAUCCGAAAGCUGCUCUGGAUCCUGGACUCAUUCUGGAUUCAACUUACGGAGACUACGUCAAGUUCUUGUGUUCAGUGCCAGAUCUGGAUCCCGGCGGAAUUCUGAACAUCACCAGCUCGGCUUGCAACAAGACCAAGGGUCAUCCUUCCGAUCUAAAUACCCCGUCGAUCACCAUCUCCCAUCUUGCAGGGACUCAAACUGUGAAAAGAACGGUGACUAAUGUAGCUGAUUCAGAAACUUACAUCAUUACCACUAGAAUGUCACCCGAAAUCGCUCUAGAAGCCAGUCCUCCAGCAAUGACUGUGCUGUCAGGAGCAUCCCGUGAGAUAACCGUGACUUUGACUGUCAGAUCGGUGACUGGUGGAUACAGCUUCGGUGAGAUUCUUCUGAAAGGUGAUAGAGGGCACAAGGUGAGGAUCCCAGUGGUAGCAAUGGGCUUCAGUAGCUAGUUGGUGCAAUGGUUUUGAGUUCUUUGUCUUUAUCCUAAAGCUUGAUAUUAUUCUUUGUAGAUGAUCUAUCAAAACCUAAAUUGCUUUGGAAUUGUAUGCCUGGUGAGGCAAUGUAAAUCCUAUAAUGCCUGAGUCUUGCUAGUUUCUACCAUGCCCAAGGUUGUAAUGAAGAGCUCAUAGUGGUCGUUGUAUAAUUUGCUUAGUAUAGUAUCAUUAAGAUCAAGUGCAUGUUUGUUACCUUAGAGAAUGCAGGUUUUACUCUAUUUCAUGAA